AUGAUUCGAAUCUCGGCCGCCGCGUACACUUUCUCUGCCGCACUGCCCGCCCUGUUGUCCACAACUGCCAGCGCCACGAUCAAUCUUCUUCAGACCAACCCUGAAACAGUUUCGCAAUUGCGGGAGCAUACCAAGGCCAUGUGGGCUCAGCUGGACCCCCGCAGUGAGUGGGUGUAUUGCAUUAGUGCGCCAGAGAACCCGAUUAUGAUCUUGGUCAUCAAGCCCGAGGUGGUUUCGGCCAAGCGACUGUCGGCUGAGGAUCAGCAAUUCUUGCUGCAGGACGUGGUUGAUGAGGUAAGUUGCGAUGGUCGAUCAUAUGCGAAUUUACCUGACAAGCUAACGUUGUCUUUGAUACAGUGCCUUGCGAAUGGUGUCCUCAUUACUCGCCUCAAGACUCUUCAGGACAAUUUUGAACCGAAGCAAAUUGUUUCGCCGGGGUUGAAGGUUUGCGUCACAAUCGGCUUGACGAGGAAAGAAAUCGAAAAAGCCGGAACCACGAUCCGCCAUGCGAUCACGAAGGUUCUGAGCAAAAGAAAGUAA